GAAUGUCGUCUUUGCUCGACAAGGAAUACUCUUCCGUGGAGGAGUCCUCACUGGAUGCCCUAUAUCCCUAUAAGAAUGUGCCUUACCAGUGGGUAAGGCCAAGAUCUCUACGGUCUACUAUUGGAGGGACUGUGCAUGAAUUAUACACGGUAGUGGACUCAGCCAAUUUUCUUACAGUAGUGGGCAUCCAUCCCGCCGAAGCACCUCCACCAAACAACGUUGGGAUGUAGCCAACAUUACAGCAUUUUUCCCUAUGGGGUGACAUCCCAAGCCAGCUAGUAUCCGCACUUGCUAGAUUGUGGUCUGUUUCUCGUAUGUUGUUUAGGUUUUCUUUUGAGCUUAUGUUAUCCUGAUUUAUUAUUCGAAUGUUAUACUUUAAUGUUACAGUUAUCUUACCCUGCUAAACUCGGGGGCCUGUGCAC